UAUCAGGCCGUGGUGACAUAGACGGUCACAGCACAGCAGUCACCGUUAAUUAUUCGCCGCAACACAGCAACAAUUAGGAUUUAAAUCGCUGUUGUUAUAUUUUUAAUUUCUUUCGCCGGCAGCUGACGCUGCUGCGGCAACACCCCGCUUUGUAGAUCGCGUGCACUCCUUCUCCCUCCUCCUUCCUCUCCUCGGCUCUCCAUCCUUCCUUCUCGGAACGGCGGGGUGGACUGGUGGGGCUAUGGAGGAUGCAGGUGAGAUGAGGAAGACAUUCACGGUACCGGAGAUUAAACCGUUGAAUCAGUACGACUUCAACCGGGCCAAGGUGUGCGCCAGCGUCCGGUGGCUACUGGCAAAGUCAUACGGAUCCGCAGAGAAUGUCCCGGUGGAGCUGCGAGAGCCUCUGUACAGAGACAAGUUUGAGCAGGAGCACCUCCAAGCCCUCCGUCUCCCAGCUACUCCUAUCCCCUGA